AACUGCAGUGUUUCUCAAAAGAUUAGACUAGGCCUAGAGUAAAUAAAUGAACAAUUCUAGCGAAGGAAAACUGCAUGCAAUUCAAUAACAUGACAAUGCAUUCAACAUACACAUUACAUACCAUACAAACAAAGACCUGUAUGUAUUGAUUACUAUUGCCAAUUUGAUGUGGUAACGUUGCAUUGAGUCAGGUGACUGCCGUCAGCUGAUUGCCUCCAGACAGAAUAUGGCCGACCUGUCAGAAGCUCAUUGAGGAACGGCUGAGUUUAGCAUAAUCGAGUCUCUUUUUAUGACUUUUGGGGCUCAUAUUUCACUAACGUGGACAACAGUUUUUACAACAGUUACUAAGAUGAGCGGGUUGCCGGUUGGCAUGGCAAAUGUCCCCAGCAAGAGCAAUCACACAGGGAAGGAUGGCCAGGUGUGGGAGAGACUCUGGACCUUGGAAGAGAUGCGACAGACCAGCGCCAACUGGUCCCUGGCUGCAGACUCAGGAUAUCCCCUCCUCCACAGCUCUUCCUGUUCCUGCAAGACUUCUCCCAGAGGAUGCUGUCAAAGACUCAUGAGAUAGAGAAGCAGCUGGAUGGACUGAUCAGAGACACCAAGGCCACAGACUGUUGCAUGCACACCGUCUUCAACGACUUCCUCAUGCUCUCCAACACACAAUUCAUUGAAAACAGAGUGUAUGAUGAAGAGGCGGUGCCAAAGCCUGAGGCCUUGGAGAGACUGCCUGAGCAGAAGACUCGUGAGCAGAAGGAAGCCCAGCUGAUUCCUAAGGUCCAGGAAGCAGUGAACUACGGUCUGAUGGUGCUGGACUCUGCAUUUGAGCAGCUAGACAUCAAGGCAGGAAACUCUGACUCGGAGGACGAGGAGGCCACAGACAGAGUGGAGCCCAUACUGGAGGCCAAGGACCUGUAUGUGGACAGGCCUUUACCAUAUCUGAUUGGCUCUCAGCUCUUUAUGGUGCAAGAAGACGUUGGACUGGGAGACCUCUCCAGUGAAGAAAUGUCAGUCGACAGUGAUCGCGACACCGUCAUUGUGAGCGAAGAUGGCAAAGAUGCUAACCAGUCAGACGAUGACUUCGACCAGGAUGAGGAGGGGCCAGGCACCAUUAAGAAGAAGAAGUUGUCUAUGUUGAGUGAGGACGAGGAGGGAGAUUCAGACAUAUUCGGAGAAUCGUACGAUGAUGAUGAUGAUGAUGAUGACAGAAAGUCUUUGUGUCACAUUCAGAACCCAACACCAUCAUCCUUUGCUGAUGAGCUGGCCGCCAGAAUCAAAGGGGAACCUAUCAGCAAGCCAGAGGGAGAUCGCACAUCUGAUGAAGAUGACAGCGAGGAGUUAUUCGGGCCACCCAAGAUGGAGGACGAGGACUUCUCUCCGUUUGGAGGAAAAGGGGGCCUCUUCAGUCGAGGGAGAGGACUGUUUGAUGAUGAGGGGGAUCUGUUCUCUGAUCCACCUAAACCGCCUGUAGCGGAGGAGAAGACCACAGAACCUGUCAAGCCUGCUAAGAAGAAUCCUUCAGGGGCUGUGCCAAUUUUCCCAGAGAACAGCCUGUUUGGCACACCUAAUGACUCUGACUCAGUGGAGGGUAGAGAGAACGGCAGUCCAGCCAAACCCAUCAAGACUCAGACAUCAGCCCCUAGAAAGACCGCUUUAGGGGGGCUGUUUGACGAUGAGGAGGAUCACUUCUUCACUGGCGAAAGCCUUAAUAAAUCCAGCUCAGCUGGACAGGAGGAACCCAAGCAGAAGCAGACAGUGGAUCUGUUUGGAGGAGGUGAUGAGGAUAGUGAAAGCUCUGGUGUUCUGCCCCCUCUACAGAGCAGGAGGGAGGUGGUGGAGGAGGAAGAACGGAUGCCAGCAGAUGUCUCCAUGUUUGGUCCUGGUACCAAGACCCUGCUGACUGAGACACUAAAGAAGCAACGUCCCUCCACCAGUGAAGAGUCAGAGGAGGAUCUGUUUGUGUCUGCGAAGAAGUCUAAAUCAAGCCAAACUGAAGAUGCCACACCACAAGUCAAGAAACCUGUCUCUAGUGCCGUCUUCAGUGAUGACGAGGACCAUUGUAUGAGCUCCAAGCAUAGUGCAGGAAAGACUGGAGGGAUGAAGUCCAGUGAUAGCAACCCUUAUCGUCUACCCAGUGUCAAAGCAGAUCCUUUCGACAGCCUGUUCGAUGAGUAUGAUGACGAUCUCUUUGCUGCUACCAAGGAGUUGAGUCUGAAGAAGCCACAGAGAGCGUCUCUCCUGUUUGACGAUGAGACUGAGGAUGGUGAAGAUAAGGGAUCCCUCUUCGUCUUCAAACCAGCCAUAAACAACAGCUCUACUCUAGCUGACCCUAAAGCUGCUGCUGUGGCCUCCCCAGCCCCCUCACGGGUCCACACAGACAAACCUGAGGAGGUGACGGCACCUCCUCCCUCAGUGGAGAAUAGGCGUGCAGAGGAGAGGGCAGCGAAGGGUCCUGAGGUACAGCCCCUGUCCUCUCUACUAGAGUGCAGUGAGAGUAAGAAGAAGCCAGUAGGGUCCGUCAGUCUGUUUGGAGGGAUCAACGUGCUGGGAGAUCGACUGGGAGCAGCCAAGCAGACUAAGAGCCCAUUGGAUGAGACGGAUGGUGAUGACUUCCUGUCUGAGGGCCCGCCCCCCAUGGAAAAGGAGUCCAAAAAGAAGAAGAACACCGUCAGUCUGUUUGAUGAUGAGGAGGGUGCUGACUGGACUGUCCCUAUCUCCAUACCUAGCAAACCAGCUGCCAUAAACACACUAAAGCCUGCAGAGGAGCGUCCUCAUACCAAGAGCAGUACCGGGGUGUUCCAGGAUGAGGAACUGCUCUUCAGUCACACUCAGCAGAGAGACAACCACCCCGACGUUGACAUCUUCGCCACGCCUGACAAGUUUGUGAGGUUCAGGCCCAGUAAUGCUAGUAGCUCAGUGAAAACCAGGCCCAGCUCAGUGAGGUCGGCAGCCCCAACACCUUUUAGUGAUGAGGAUGAAGAUGACCUCUUCAGCUCUGUCAAUCCCAAAGCUCUUCGGCCGAAAGUAUCGGCGAAGCCCAGUAAACCCGGUAAAGACAAGCCAUCCCCAAAACCUUCUGUCACAGAACCAGUCACAGGGAGUGAGACCAACCUGGUGAUCAACCCUGUUGCCCUCCUAACAGGCCUGAGCCCCAGCUCCUCAGGCCUCAGCCCCAGUCCAGCAUGGACCCAGUCCCCCAGCGAAGGAGGGCUUAGCUUCGACCGCCCUGUCCAGGUGUCUGUGCUACAGUGUGCCAACAAGGGUCGAGCUAAAGGCUCCAUCCGCCGCAGGCCCCAGACCAGGGCAGCACGGCAGAUGUCAGCACAGAGCUCCGUGGCCCAGAAAAAACAGGGAGAGGACCCGGCCGGACACAGCCCAACCCUACCUCAUCCAACCCAGCCUAGUUUGGCACUACUUAACCCAAUUGAGCCUAGCCUGGCACUACCUAACUUAACCCUGCCCUGGCCUAGUCUACCCAACCAAGCCCCAACCACUGGCUUACCCUCCUUCUUACCUGCCUCCUUACCCUCCCAACCCCCGCUCACUGAUGUCUCUGUCAGACCAUCAGUUCUAACACUAGAGGGGUGUUGGACACUGGGAAAGAGAGACUUUUCUAUGGGAAGCAAGGUGAAGGUGCUGCCCUCUCCCGACGAGGCUGACCUGUUUGGGUCUGUCCCUGCCCUAGCCCCAGUUCCCAAACUCGCCACAAAGACUACGGAGGGUGAGUUGACGCCGAAGGAAGAGAAAGAAGCGACCCCUCCGUCCCUCUUUGACGACCCCAUGGGUGACUUGUUCCAGAAGGUCAAGCCGAGGUCGGCAAAGAAGGCAGAAGCCUCUUCCUUCCUGGAGGAGGAGGAUGAAGAGGGUAUCUUUGUGCUGGGAAAUAGCUCUACUCCCACUACUAAAAUUACUGCUGGGAGCAACCCAAAUCCCAAACAGGACCUCUUCCAGGAUGAAGGGGAGACGACCCCCAAAGCUCACAAAGACAAAUCUCUGGAUUCCAGCCUGUUUGACGACAAAGUUGACAUCUUUUCUGAUUUGACGGCCACUUCAAAACCAAAAGAGAAGAAGUUCAAGAAGGCGGAGACUAAAUCCAUAUUUCAUGAUGAUAUGGAUGACGUCUUCUCUCCCAGCACUGUGAAGCCAAUGGCCAAGCAGCCUCCAUCCAAGUUCAGGAAAAGCGCUCCCUCCCAGGACACCAGUGCAGCGAAUGGCUUGGGCAACAUCUUCGACGACCCUCUUGAUGCUCUGGGUGGGAACUGAACCGUGGACUGUUCCUGAUUAACUAAAACUUUGUGUCCCAAAUGGCACUGUAUUCACUAGAUGGUUCAUUACUUUUGACCAGGGCUCAUAGGGUGUGCAUUUGGGAUGCUGUCACUAACUGUACAAUUGGAGGACUGAAAAAGGGGUUGGAGAUAUUAACACUUCUUACAGAGACUAUUUCUAUAUCGAGACUUUCUAUAAAAGCAAUCCAUCGAUCGGCAUAACCUCAGAUGGAAAUUUAAACCCAGGAUAAAGAUUUAAACCCAUCUCUGAUUGAUAACAAGUAACUAUUUGACUUUAUUUAAUGUCCAUGGUAGCAGGACUUAGCCAUCAUUAGGCCAGCGGCUAAUAAAGAAAUAGUCAAUGAUUUAUACAUGUAGUUGAGUUCUGGGUAUGUGGUUUAACAUUGCCAUUCUGAGAUUACAUGUCACCAUCGGGCUGUGCCAUAUCACCGUUAUGAAAUCAUUGUUUUUGUUUUUCAAUUAAUAUGAAAUUGUUACAUUUGUUAACUUUGCCUGUGAUAAAUGACAGAUUAUUUUUUUAAAGAAUUAAAUUAUAUUUUGCUAAAUUUAAAA